ACAUCAAUCGGGGGUGUCGCAGGACGCAGGCGCGGGCGGCUCGUCGGCCCAGUCCCGCACCGGCCGCGCCGCUGGCCGCACGUCGCGCGACACGGCCGCGACACGCGCCUCACCUACACAGACACAGCCACGUGUGCCCAACACAUUGCGAUCAACGGUCUUCCGAGUGUUUAUAAUAGUGAUUGUAUUAGUGCGGUGAACUGAACUAUAUAAAAAUGGCGUGGGGAUAUUGGUCGGCGUCGUCGGUGAUGCCCGAUCGCGGGCGCAGCCCACGCCGCGCUGGGACUUCCGCUUCACACGCUCAUCCUAACCCACCGACCGCGCGGGAAGUGCUCGAGACGCACGAUGAAAGCAUCAUCCACACGGCAUCUACGUCGCGGGAUAGUCGCGAGCACUCCGCGUCGCCGCAUUCUUCGUCGAACGGCGGACACUCGCACCACCAGCAUGAGGUGCGGCACGCGGUGCCGGCGAGCGCGCUGUUCGGAGAGAGCUACGAGAUGUCGCGGCGGCCAUCUUUGGAUCUCGGCUCGGUGCGGAGCGCGUUAGGUUCCUGUGGAGGUGGAGGCACGUUAAGCGCGGGAUCCACAUUGACGCGCGGUGGCACGCUCGCCGAUUAUCUACCGCCCGCGCCGUGCCCGCACCACCACCGCGUCUACGUCGACCACCACAAACACUACGAGCAACCCAUUCAGCCCGUGCACGUGGGAGUGGCGCACCAUUCCCACUCGCACGCCUCCAGCCGCCACCACACCGACGACGAGGACGACCUCGAGCCGGCCUAUGCUACAGUGUUUCCGAAUGUGCCGCCGGCACCGGGCAUGUCAUGCGCGGGAGAGGACCGCAGUAUAUACAGGCGCGGCGCGCGGCGGUGGCGGAAGCUCUACCGCGUCAACGGGCAUAUCUUCCAGGCCAAGAGAUUUAAUAGACGCGCCUUCUGUGCCUUCUGCCAGGACCGCAUCUGGGGCCUCGGCCGCCAGGGAUUCAAGUGCAUCCAGUGCAAGCUGCUGGUGCACAAGAAGUGCCACAAGCUCGUGCAGAAACCGUGCUCCAGCGAGCAUGUGGACCCUGUGGAGAUCAAGGAUGAUGCCAAUGGAGAGAGCACCCUGGGCCGUGCUUCGUCCGUCAGGUCUAGAGCAGACCCUGAGCCUCCGCUGCCGGACACGCCGCCCGCGCCGGCGCCGGCGCGCGAGGACUUGGAGCCGGGCUCGCAGCGCCAGUACUCGCUCGACGACUUCGAGCUGAUCCGAGUCAUCGGACGCGGCUCUUACGCUAAGGUGCUGAUGGUAGAACUGAAGCGGACGAAACGCGUGUACGCGAUGAAGGUGAUCAAGAAGGCGCUCGUUACGGACGACGAGGACAUCGACUGGGUGCAGACCGAGAAGCACGUGUUCGAGACUGCUUCCAACCACCCCUUCCUGGUGGGGCUGCACUCCUGCUUCCAGACUCCUAGUAGACUGUUCUUCGUCAUCGAGUUUGUGCGCGGAGGAGAUCUAAUGUUCCACAUGCAGCGGCAGCGGCGGCUGCCCGAGGAGCACGCGCGGUUCUACGCGGCGGAGAUCUCCCUCGCGCUGCACUUCCUGCACGAGCGCGGCGUCAUCUACCGCGACCUCAAGCUGGACAACGUGCUGCUGGACCACGAGGGACACAUCAAGCUCACCGACUACGGCAUGUGCAAGGAGGGCGUCCGCCCCGGCGACACGACGUCCACGUUCUGCGGGACGCCCAACUACAUCGCGCCGGAGAUCCUGCGCGGGGAGGAGUACGGCUUCAGCGUCGACUGGUGGGCCCUAGGGGUCCUCACCUACGAGAUGUUAGCUGGAAGGAGUCCCUUCGACAUCGCCCAAGCUGCGGACAACCCCGACCAGAACACUGAGGACUACCUCUUCCAGGUGAUCCUAGAGAAGACGAUCCGUAUCCCCCGCUCGCUGUCCGUGAAGGCCGCGUCGGUGCUGAAGGGGUUCCUCAACAAGAGCCCCGCGGAGCGGCUCGGCUGCGGCGAGAGCGGCUUCAUGGAUAUCGUACAGCAUCCCUUCUUCAAGAGCAUCGAGUGGGAAAUGCUGGAGCAGAAGCAGGUGGUGCCGCCGUUCAAGCCGCGGCUGGAGGGCGAGCGCGACCUCGCCAACUUCCCGCCCGAGUUCACCGACGAGCCCGUGCAUCUCACGCCCGACAACGACAACGUGAUCGCAGACAUCGACCAGUCCGAGUUCGAGGGCUUCGAGUACGUGAACCCGCUCCUCAUGUCGCUCGAGGACUGCGUGUGACACCACGCUUGCCUGCUGCACCCCUACCACGACCCCGCCAUGGCGUUCGGUUACGGCGAGUCGUCGUCGUCGGACUACGACUCGGUGUGCUCGUCGCUCCCGCCGCGCAAGCCCACGCUGCUGCAGCACAUGUUCUGUCUGCCGCUCAACUGACCCCGCCACGACUAACCGGUCACAACCACAACCGGUUACACGUACCAAUUAACCGGUUUCGAGUUUUGGUUGUAGCUUUUAAUUGCUGCAGCAUAUGUUCGGUAUGCCGCUCAACUGACUGCGCCACGACUAACCGGUCACAACCACAACCGGUUACACAUACCAAUUAACCGGUUUCGAGUUUUCGUUGUAGCUUUCCAUUGCUGCAGCGUAUGUUCUGUCUGCCGCUCAACUGACUCCGCCAUGACUACAAGCGUAACCGGUUACACAUACCAAUUAACCGGUUUUGGUUGUAUCUUUUCAUUCCUGCAGCAUAUGUUCGGUAUGCCGCUCAAGUGAAUCCGCCGCGACUAACCGGUUACAUAUACCGAUUAACCGGUUUGGAGUUUUCGUUGUAGUAUUUAUUUUAUUUAAAGUUUGUAAUUUGUAUUAGAGUCUGUCUACUAAAAUAACUUUGUAUCGCAUUGCACAGAAAUGACUGAUGACAUUUACCCCAGUUUAGUCUUGCAAAUGCUAUGCAGAGUUUAUCCGACUUCAAAAUCCUGGCAAUUUGCAUUUGCAAAAAGUGAUUGUUUUGUACUUAAAAUUAUGCAACAAAAUUAUUUUAACCGGUUGCAAGCCUCGAUGGAAAGUGAAUUUUGACGUAAAUCAUUGUUGAAUAACAAGUGAAAAUUAAAAUUUAUGUAUGAAUAUUUAGUACUAACUAAAGUGACAAUUGUUAUACCAAACAAAAAUUAUACAAUAGUCACAUUAAAGUGUGGCCAAGGCCUUGCUUGCUUUGCUUGCAAGGCCAAGUUAAAACUUCGAAUCGACUUUCUAAUUUCUAUGUAUUUUGAAGAAUAGGGGAACGUGUAGCGGACAAAGGCUUGCCUUGUUAUAUGAUACGGUUCGAAUGUAAGGUCAAUUGUAAAACAUGAUAAGCUACGUUUCUUCAAGUCUAAUGUUUAAACCACUGUUACAGACUGAAGUGAAAAAUAUAUAACUUAAACGAUUUCUGAAUUUAUCUAAAAUUAUAUAAAAAUGUAAAGCUUUAGAUUAGAUAUUACUUGUGUUCACUAUUAUUUGGUUACCUCAGAAUGUAAAAUAUGUUAAUGCGAUUCCGUGUACUGAAGAGCAUAAAUAGAAUGUGUUUACAUAAGCACUUAGCUCCAAAAACAAUAAUAAGUAUAAAUCUGUCUAAAUAAUCUAAAAUGUGUCUAAUUUUUGGAGCUAACUGUAUAUAUGUAAAUAUUAAACGUAGUAAACAGAUCUGAAUGUAUUCUUCUUCUCUUCGAAAGGAAUUGAUGGAAGUUGACACGGACACUGUUCUGGUGGUUGGUGCUCGAAGUCUACGUCUGUAACCGUAUAGGUAACCCUUCAGCAUUCAGGUAGCAGCGGAUGGCGUCACACAGUUUUCCUAUUAUAUUAUAAUAAAUCUUAGAUCACUUCGAAUUAAGCCCGAAGCCACUUCGGGCUGAAAAACGCUUCUUAUGUACAUAAAAUUAUCUCUAUGUAUACAAAACGUAUAACUAUAAAUAUUUUUGAAACUAUUCUAAUGUCUCUUCGCGAACACCGAGCUACAUCGCGGUGUCUACCAUCUAUAUAUAUAUGUUUAUUGAGCAAUAAUAUAUUGUAGUUAUAUAUCUAUAUGGGGACAGGUGAUAAUGCUCAAUGAAUGGCACGUAAGGAAUUAAAAGUACUUAGAUAAAAAUAUCGCCCUUUAAAUGCAGGCGCGUAUUUUAGCCCUUCUCCAAUAUUAGUGUUUUCCCUAGAAGUCUAGUUUAAGCUAGAGUCUUGCUACGAUUCUUUGCGAGGAGUCUCGCGUGGCGUGUACUGUGUUAGAACUGUAUAGAAAUCCUUAUAUCGGUAACACCUCUCAGAGAACAAUCGAAUGUAAACCUUGUCUAUAUGAGUGUAAGGACUGUAAUCGAUACCAGUAGUAGAGUGUACAUAAGUCACGCUUUAUUCCUAUUAUAUUGUAAAUUAAUGUAUCCAUUCCCUACCGUAGCUCCCGUUGUCGUUCAUAGCUAACACCACUCGUUUAGGUAGCCAACGAAUUUUAUAUAAUAUUAUAUAUGUAAUUAUAAAUAUUGAGCACUGAUACAAACUCGUGUACAUUGACAAAAUAAAAAUAUUAAAAAAUACAAUCGGUUAUAAAAAUAUUAUAACAAAUUAUUGUUAAAGUAGAAGGAAAGACUUAUUAUAUAAUGAUAUGGUUACUUAUAUGGUAAUUAUUGGGGCGUAUGCCGGUGUCCACGGACUAUUCUAAAUAACGUAGUAUCUAUUAGACAUUUUGCACCGAUAUUCUAGUGAUCACGCUCUUGGCUCGGCGACUAACUAAAAACUGUUUAGAAUGCCGGUCUCAUAACAUAUUUUAACUAACCCCUAACUAAACUCAAGUGUUACACCAAGAAACAUAUGGCAUAACCUACAAGAACAGAUAUUACUUGAUUUCUAUCGUGAAUCAAUCAAAAUGGUUAGCAAAAAUAUAUCGCUAUACAGUUUCGGAGGAAAUAUUAACUUAUAAAAUGAGCCAAAUAUUUUUCGGUGUAAUGAUAAGGUACCUUUUAAAUGUAGAGUAAAUUAUAUUUUGUCUGCAUUCCAUUUCUUCUAAGUGUUGCCACUGCCGCCCCGAAUGUUAAACUUCUAUGUUAUCGUUGGUAUAAAUGGAUUUUAUAACUGAAGUUUCAUUUCUUUGAUUAUUAUAAAAAUAUAUAUCAAGCUGCAUGAAUGUGGUACAAUUCCGUUAUUAGAAGUGUAAUUUAAACAGCUGUUAGACUGUCCUGCGCUAAGUCGCUUGAUGUUGGCUGACAAGUGUCGGCCAUAUUUUACGCGUGUUCGCUUAUUGGUAGGUACAUUUAUUCGUUGCUUUUCAUAUUUUACUAGGGUAUUCAAGCCUAUGAUUAUUAACCGGUUAAUUUUAAUAACCGGUAAUUUACCGGUUUGGAUUAUUUACAUUUUACCAUGUGUUGCGUGGCGGGCGCUUUGCGUUGUCGAACCCGCGCGGGGUUUUGUAUUAUUUUAAGUAUUUAAUUAUUAUUAAGCUGUAUUUUGGUACUAUUAACUCUAUAUUAAGCGUAAUUAGUUAACAUUCCAAUGUCUGACUUUAUAUUUGUUUGUGCGACAUGGUGACACGCAUGGAACAAGUUUCCAAUUGUCUUUUUAUACGGUUUAAUAGGUUCUAAUAAAAUGUUGAGAUUAUUGUAUACAGAUGUAGUGCAUAAUUGUUUUCCAUCGUAUUUUCUCGGAAAUAUUCGUAUUUUCGUAUGUGUCAUGCUACUUCAGUCAACCUCAGUACUUUUUGUACCGAGACUGACUGAAAUAGCAAGACACGUUCGUAUGUUUCCGUGAAAAUACGAUGGAAAAUAAUUGCACUACAUCUGUCUGUACCUUAUUAGAACUUUGUUGUAUAUUCCUUUAAUCAAUUAAGUUUGAAAUGUAUCUAAACUAAAUAUUCCUGUAUUAUACUAACCGCAUGACAAAUGACAUUUAAAUCACUGUUAAUUAUAAAAGGAAUUGUUCACUUUAUUGAUAUGUUAAAGUCGCCGUUUAGAACAAAUUAUGUAUCUUAGUUUUAAGUUUUAGUUGUAUCAAAGAGAAUUUGAAAUAGAGACUUACUGUCAAUGGUAAAUUAUGUAACUACAAUACAUUUACUGCCAUCUUUCGACAGACGAAUAUAUCUGUGAAAGAAUAAGGAUCAAAGUCAAAUGGCGUUCUAACACUUUUAAUUUUCUAUCGAAGGAUGGCAGAAAAUUUACUGUGGCUACAUAAUUUACUUUGACAAUCCGCCUCUAUACACUCUAUUCUCUUUGGUUGUACGUUGAUACAUCCGAUGUAUGGAGCUUUAUGUAGUAUGGUUUACAUAUUGGAUCGUGUACGAACACCGGGCGAGUGACGAGUCUCUGACGACUUAGACUGGAUACCUAACUUGGGUUACUGUACUAUUCUGUGCUUAAUUGAAAAUAAAGAAAGAUUAAUCUGA